GCAACGGUUCAGUUCUUCGCGGUUCCAACAAGUGUUCAGGUUUUUUUUUACCAGCUUAAACCCUUCGGUUUGGUUCGUGAUGAUUUUGCUAUCGAUUGUAGUGAAGUGUCCGGAUUGGAACUGAUUGAAACAAAACACAAAAAAAACACGAAGUCCAGAAAAAGGGGAAAGCUAUGCGAUCCCCGCUGUCGCUACUGACGGCCCUGUGUGUCCUGAUGGAUGUGGCAGUCGAGGUCAACGUCUACGGUGCCGCAGCCAACGCCGACGAUGCCCUCGAGGUGACGUUCAGCGAGCGAACCCAAGCCGACUGGGAAAAGGUUUGGCACCAGGAAAGCCACUCCCGCUGCCGGGAAAAGCUGAUCCGGCACCUGUACUGGGCUUGCGAGAAGGAUAUCUAUCGGAUCUCGAGGCGGAACGACUUUUCCGGGUCGGAGAUGAACAUGCAGAAACGCACCGGCGUUCAACCGCUCCUCUCGCGGUGGACGAUUAGUGCGGAACAGGCGCAAAGCUUUCUGCGCACACGCCGUACCGGAAAGCGCCGUUCGGGUGGUUCCAUCACGGCGGAAUGCUGCACCCGGAUCGGCUGUACCUGGGAGGAAUACGCCGAGUACUGUCCGUCGAACAAACGCCUCAACCACUACCGGAAGUAGUCGGCGUCGUCGUCGUUGUUGCUGCCGUUGGGGAAAGCUGGCUUUCGGAACGAUCGCAAUUAUUGGUGGUUAGUGGCACAAACUAAAACAAAUAUAUUUGGGAAUGAUGCAAACUG